UUUUUCUAUGGUAUACAGAGAGGUGGUGAUUUACGGUGCGAAUAUUGACAGGAUUCUGGCUGUGCCCGGACAAUAAUUCCGAUAAUUGCCGCCGGGUUCGUGAUGAAUGGUUAAAAUUCACGGUGAAUAUUAAUUACUAGAAUGUGAGAACAGUUCGUUUUACCCUGAAAAUUUCCCCAACUCUAAUGAUAGCUAAGCAGAAAUUGUAUUUUCUUUUUUCCGAUUUUAUUUACGGGCAAUAUCCAAAUUGUUUCGAAAUGUAUUUCGCCACCCCGUGGAUCCCUUAUAGGUUACUCUUUCGCCCUACCGCCGGAUGAAAUAUUAAGCCGUAAAAGUCGUGUCGCCUCCAACACCGAAAUAACAAUAAAAACUUUAUAUGCGUCACACCUUGCUUUACCCUCGCGUUUUUAUAGGCCUUUGCUAUAUAUUGCUCGAGAUGUGCUAAAUCUGGUGCAAAAGGAGCCGUUUCUCGACUUUCCACAAUGUAAAUUAAUGGUUCAUAAUUUUCGUGGGUGAAGUUCGUUUAAGUUUCCAAGAUGUUUAAGGAUUUUCAUAGUACUUGUGAACAACUACACUUUGUCAAAUAUAACUGUAAAGUUAAAUCACGCAAGAAAACAUUGAAAGACGUUAUCUUUAACUUACAAGUAUGCGUGUUGUAAACAUUAAGCGAAAAUGCGUUUCAACCGGCCAUAAAUUGCAUUUGUUAAGAAUGUUUUUGAUUCAUUUAUAGGUUAAUUUAUGAGUUCGUUUAUAGAUUAAUCUAUCUGAAAGGUCAUGGUGGGUAUAAUUUACACGUCAUUCAUUAAUUUUUCAUCUUGAAUAAAGCUUCAUGUUUUAUGCUAAGGAAAAGUUGUUUUCUACGAAGUUGAUAAGAUUUAUUAACAUAGUAGGGCAAUCAAACCACAUUAGUUUAUAUAUACUAUUAUAUAUACAGUAAAAGUUGAAGUAGCCACAAAGAUUUUGACAUCAUCAAAAUUAAUUGUUAGCCAUUCCCAACAAGUCUAAGAUUGUCAAGUCUGAAAUUCCAUGUUCUGAUCUUCGCUCGUUCGUUAGAACUUGUAUAUUUGAGCAAUUUUCUUUUUAGUUUUAAAGUUUUUAGUUUUCCAAUUUUUUUUGACUUCCUCUAUCUCGGUAAUAGUUCUUGUGCACACAGUUUCAAUAAUGUGUGUUGUUAUUUCAGUGUGUUUGCACAUACUGGUUCCAUACAAGUCAUAGUCCAUAUCGGUGAUGAAUUUACUCCAAUCUUCUCUUUUUAAAGCUUUUGUUCUGGAGUUGACUUCAGUGUAUUUUUGAAAGUAGUUCUAAAUUCAUAACCUCUUCACAAAACUAAGGUUCACUCUAGAAGAUUGUAAUCGAUUAAGUAAUUUUUGUAUUAAAUUUCACAUUUUAAUUCUUAUGAAACAAAUAUGGUUAAAAUUGAGCCUGUAGUUAUUAAAAUAGUACACCAGCAAGUUGUUUCGAUGCAGAUUAAAUGGGUAUUUACAUUUCCACGCGAUGGCGAGUCGACGUGAGGGCAAUUACAAUGGUCGGGGACAAUUGAAGUGGCCACUUUAAUACCGUAAAAGUUAAAAGGGAAGCGGUAUACGUGCCAAUCGUGUCUCGAAGCGAUUUUCCGGCUUUGAAGUAAUUGCUUUGUACGAGCCACCUAAUAGUGUCUUUUUUGUAUUUCGCGAGAUUAUUAUUCGGGUGAGUGCGUGCGGACGUGUACCAAUAAGGGUUUUAGAUGAUUAUGUCCUUCGCCUAAUGAACGCAAUCAAGGACGGACGUGGAACGGUGGAGUAUAGGACCACGUCUAAAUGUAAUUGUCGUUGUAGGUAUAGUUUCGAGAUGGGACGAUGAUAGAUAUCUUUGUUCGGGGAAAUCGCUGCAUUUCCUUUGUCCCGUAAACUAAGUGAAACUAUUUAUAUUCCUAGGAAAAAGGUGGAAGAGUGUCUCUUCAAAUUGACCGUUAGAAAAAUUGGGCGUUUCCUUUGUUAUCUUUGUUACUGGAUUUUCUUCGGGUCAAUACUUUAAGAUGCAGUCGUGGUAUUGUAGAGGUAGUUGGUGGAUUUAACCGAGAAAACACGUUUCUUUUCUCGUUGGAAAAGGGUUCGUGUUAGUUUUCCCGACACACAAUCCUAAAGAGUCGUAACUUGUAGUUCCCCUCCUUUUUGCGGUACGUUUCGCGUUGAGGAAGUUUUAGUGGAUACGUCACGGGGGCGCUAUGAUUAAACGUCUGUCAGGGGCACCGGUAACUUUACGCCUCUAUUGUCGCGCAGGAGGGAUACCGGAAAUGGAACCCGCCGGCUUUAUCUGAGUCUCCGUUUUUUGUUCCCUCCCGUUUCGCGUAGAUUGUAAAGAGGCCGUAAAUUUCGUUUUUCGAUUUUUUCCAUCGACGCAACUCGUUAUCUAUUGACGGUUAAUUUUGUUUAUGCGAACUGUAUUUGGAAGGAUUCGGCGAAGAUAAAUCCUUUUGGACACCCUGUCAACCCUUACAUAGAAUUUCUUGUCGAGCCCCCAAAAGCAACCCGAAAGCUUCGUACCGUUGGUUUCGGAAGGCAACAGCUUUCCCAUAAUUUAUGGCGUUCGUUUAACCUCAAACAGACUGCGAACCCAAACAAUUAUAAUUAAUUCCGAACGAUGUUUAAAGACGCGACUUUAAUUAUUCCGUCCUCGAAUCAAACGGAAACACCGGAACUGCUUUCGAAACCGUCACGCGAAAACGACUUUUGUCAAGAAGAAGAAUGAUUCCAGGACGGGAUAAUGGUUUUCAGAUGGCGUUGCCAGAUGGAUGUACACGAUAUUAUUCGCGUUUCUUUUGUAUUCCCUUAAAUUCUACUCCAUUAAGGCUACGCCAUGUCAAGUUUUUUAUUUCCUGUGAAAGGGCAAUUGAGGUCAAAUCCUGCAAGUAAUCGAAGCAUAAACCGAAAAAUACAAACAUAAAAUGAGUUAUGUAUACAUUUAAAAAUUUCACACCUAUUUGUUAAUAAGCACCGUUAUUCUUAACGUUUCGUGUGCAUCUAAAAUGAUACUUUAAAUAGUAACAAAACUUACACGAUGUUUCAUUUAUCCAAGUUACUAACAAUUUUUUUAAUAAUUCGUGUUAAUGGGGAGGAAUCGAAUAAGUUAUUAACGAGAUCUAAGCGAUAUUUAGUGUAUCCAUUGGGGGGACAAGUAAAGAUUGUUGUAGGUGUAUCUUGGCCCGUACCUUUGGGAUUAAAGCAAUCGAUGGCGUGCGCAUUAAAUUUGCAAUUUCAAUAUCCGCAAGCCCAGAACAUUACGCAGUUGCAAACGUGGCCACCGAUAAUAACGCGAUCUCAAGAGAAGAGAUCCCUUGAAAAGGGAGAUAGGAUCAGUGACCGAAUGGCGGCGUAUUUGGGUUUGGAAUCCAUAUUAGAUAAAUAUGGAUUCGACGGACAUCAAUGCCUUCUAAGAAGUAUCUGCGAUAACGCAGUCCAUCCAUUAAAUCAUAACGCUAAUGGACUAUAUGGGAGGCUUUUACACAUUUUUUUAUCGUAA